AAAUUAAGAGCAUAAUGUUGCCGUACGUGACGAUGGAGGAAGCAGAAGAAGCAAUGGGAAGAGGGCUGAGUUAUGCAGAGAGAGUAUGGUUCAGAUACUCAGCCAACAAAUCAGACUUUGUACUUCACUGCCAUAACAUAGUGUUCUUGUGCUUCUUUUAUUCUGCGGCUUCUCUUCCUUACGUCUUCAUUGAGCUCUGCAACAACAAGAGCAUAGUGAAGUGCAAGGUUCAGCCAAGGGUCAGAAACACUUUCUGGCAAAUGUUCAAGUGUUACAAGAACGUCAUGCACACUUUCAUCCUCGCCGUUGGUCCUCUUCAGAUUCUCUCUUUUCCAACCGUCAAGUUGCUUGGUAUUCGAACGGACCUCUCGUUGCCAUCUGGAUGGGAAUUCGUCUUGCAAUUGUCGGUCUAUUUUAUCAUUGAAGAUUUUGCAAAUUACUGGAUCCAUCGGAUCCUCCAUAGUCCAUGGGCCUACCAAAAGAUCCACAAGGUCCACCAUGAAUAUAAAGCUCCGCAUGGGCUCGCGGCCCCAUAUGCACACUGGGCUGAGAUUUUGAUUUUGGGCUUUCCCUCCUUUCUCGGCCCAACUUUGGUUCCUUGUCAUAUAACCACGUAUUGGUUGUGGUUCGUUUUGCGACAACUUGAAGCCAUUGAGACCCACAGCGGUUAUGAAUUUCCAUGGAGUCCCACAAAAUACAUACCAUUUUAUGGAGGUGCUACUUACCACGACUACCAUCAUUUGGUUGGUGAAAAUUGUCAAUGCAACUUUGCCUCCGUAUUCACUUAUUGUGAUCUUAUUUAUGGCACCCACAAGGGAUACCGAUACAAGACGAAGCUACUAAAGAAGGCAUCUCUGAAUCAACAAAACCACAAAACAGAGUAGCUGUUACCAGCAAAUUAACAUGUAAUUGUUGUGAGGGCAUGCAUGGUUCACAAGGCUUGAUAUGCUUAAUAUAUAGAGUAGGGACUAAUUUGUAUUAGAAUAUAAAAUAUGUACUGUAUAAGUUUUAUGUUGCAUAAACAUCACGCUCUAUUAUUAUAAUUAUAAUUAUAAUUAUAAAUUAUAAUAUUAUGAGAAUACAUA